CCCAGAGGCGGUGUGAGGCGGAGGGACCGUCGGGGGGCGCCGCCGCCGCCUCCACCAGCCGCAGCAGCAGCAGCAGCAGAAGCAGCAGCAGCAGUAGCAGCCGUGCGGCGCGAUCGGAUUUGUCUUGAGCCCUCCGGGAGCGUACCACAAAGCGGGCCCCGCGCCUCUCCCUGCCUCACGGCCCCUCAGCGCUCGGCUCCUCGGUCAACUUCCUCCCCUCGCCGGGCUUGGCCGGCUGGCGAGGAAGGCGGCGGCGGCACGCCGGCUGUCUGCUCGCGCUCCGCGCGCACACACUUCACCCGCUCGCGCCGGGUCUCGGGGGCCGUGCUGGGAUCCCAGCCACCAGCAAUUGUCCGGAAAUAAUGCAAAAGGUGUCCCAAGGCUCCUGACCAGUGAACAAAGAUUUGAGAAAAACAGCCAAGCUCAUGUUUUCUCCUGACCAAGAAAAUCAUCCAUCCAAAGCACCAGUAAAAUAUGGUGAACUCAUUGUCUUAGGGUAUAAUGGGUCUCUCCCAAAUGGUGAUAGAGGAAGGAGGAAAAGUAGGUUUGCUCUGUUUAAAAGACCUAAGGCAAAUGGGGUGAAGCCCAGCACUGUGCAUAUUGCUUGUACUCCUCAGGCUGCAAAGGCAAUAAGCAACAAGGACCAGCAUAGCAUAUCAUACACUUUAUCUCGGGCCCAGACAGUGGUGGUUGAAUAUACUCAUGACAGCAACACUGAUAUGUUUCAGAUUGGUCGGUCGACUGAAAGUCCCAUUGAUUUUGUAGUAACUGACACAGUUCCUGGAAGUCAAAGUAAUUCUGAUACACAGUCAGUACAAAGCACUAUAUCAAGAUUUGCCUGUAGAAUCAUAUGUGAACGGAAUCCCCCCUUUACAGCACGGAUUUAUGCUGCAGGAUUUGACUCAUCAAAAAACAUAUUUCUUGGGGAAAAGGCUGCCAAAUGGAAGACAUCAGAUGGGCAGAUGGAUGGCUUGACCACUAAUGGUGUUCUUGUGAUGCAUCCACGCAAUGGGUUCACAGAAGACUCCAAGCCUGGAAUAUGGAGAGAAAUAUCAGUGUGUGGAAAUGUAUUCAGCCUGCGUGAAACCAGGUCAGCUCAGCAGAGAGGAAAAAUGGUGGAAAUUGAAACCAAUCAGUUACAAGAUGGCUCGUUAAUUGACCUCUGUGGUGCAACAUUGCUGUGGCGUACCGCAGAAGGCCUUUCCCAUACUCCCACAGUGAAGCAUUUAGAAGCUUUGAGACAGGAGAUCAAUGCAGCACGACCUCAGUGCCCUGUAGGGUUCAACACACUAGCAUUUCCUAGUAUGAAGAGGAAAGAUGUUGUAGAUGAAAAACAACCAUGGGUGUAUCUAAACUGUGGCCAUGUGCAUGGCUAUCAUAACUGGGGAAACAAAGAAGAACGUGAUGGAAAAGAUCGUGAAUGUCCUAUGUGUAGGUCUGUUGGUCCCUAUGUCCCUCUGUGGCUUGGAUGCGAAGCUGGAUUUUAUGUGGACGCCGGCCCUCCAACCCAUGCAUUUAGCCCAUGUGGGCAUGUGUGUUCAGAAAAGACAACUGCUUAUUGGUCCCAGAUCCCGCUGCCUCACGGUACUCAUACUUUUCAUGCAGCCUGUCCCUUUUGUGCACAUCAGUUGGCUGGUGAACAAGGCUACAUCAGACUUAUUUUCCAAGGACCUCUAGACUAACAGACAGUUGUCCUCCAGGACUGCGUUAUAAAUUUAUAAGCUAAGUGAGUUGGGUUUUCCAACCUGUUGUCCACGUCACAGUUUUCUGCUCUGAUCAUUUGCAUUAAGAUGAAGAAUUUUUUAAAACAUUUAUAAUAAAUAGUAGCAAUUUCUGAGCAAAAAUCUGGGAAACUCAAGCAAAGGAAUUUCUGAAAGUACCAGACUUCUGAAUUCUGAGUUUUGAAAAUAUAUUUUGAGGAGAAAAAGACAUAGCCUAAUUUGAUGCCUUCAUUUUAGUGUUUUUGAAUCAUCCAUCCUCAGUGUUGAAAAAUUGUUUUGUAUAACUGAGGGUACUGUUGGUUCAAACUAUGUUAGUUUACAGUUUGUUGCAAACAUUGUAAAAUACAGCAACAUGUAUAUUAACCUUUUUUCUAUUUAUCUUUAUUAUAGAAAAUAUCUUAGAAUGUUCUUGAUAGAGUAGCAUGGUAACGAUGGUGUCACACCCUUGGUGUGAAUGGUAGCUUAGUGGGCACAUGGCUCAAGGAUUUGGAAAGUUAGGAAGAAAGACAGGAGAGUCCCUCCCCUCCCCCAUCUAAAUGUGGAAUUUGGUAAAUUAGAAUACUUUGUAAAACCAAAUUCAUAUUAAUUACCAUUGUGUAACAGGUGUUUGUUUUUAACCACACUGAAGAUAAUCAGGAAAGAUUUUUUUCCUUAAUGUUUCUCUUGAGUGUAGUACUAUAACAAAUACUUAAUGCUAAAAAACAUUUUAUAUGCUCUUUUGAAUAUGCAAUUUAAUCUAGAUUAUCUAUUUUUCUCCCAUGGUAACUAAUCUGUUUUUAGUAUCAGUAGCAUUUGGCAAGUUUAUUUUUUGGAUAUAAACUGUGGCUCAUCUGUUCACUGUUUCUAGAAAAAAAUCAUUCCCAUGAGAAAAAGCAUAAAUUAACAAAAAAGGAGAGUGACUUGAUUUGCUUUUAGAAAAAGAAGUGCUUACUUAAUUAUUCUAUAUUUGGCCUUAUCUAGACAUUAGGAAAUCUAGAGAUAUAAAGAGUUUAAUGACAAUAGUGCCCCCCUUUUUUUAAUCUAGCAGACCAGCCUCAGCUGUGGGCUUGACUCGUAAGGAGAGUUGCCACAGUGAGACUCAAGUAAAUGUUUGAUUGGUAGAUGAGCACUAAUGACAGCAGAGUGGAGGGACACACUUGCAUGGUCUGUUUAUUCUCUAAUUCCAGUAAGUGCUUUGCUUUGAAAAGCAAGAAAAAAUUUUUUCUCCUCUUCCCCCACCUGACCCUUUUUUUAAAAAAUGCACCACGAGAAAACUAUAGACAGUUGCACUACAUCAAAUCCUGUUUUGAUACUUGUAGAAUUCAAUACACUUUUAGAUUAGACAGAUCAUUUUUUAAUGUUUUGAUU